CCUGCAAACACAUGAAUUCAACGCGGCCCUUGUGGCGAAUAGAAGAGAGGCUGCUGCUCAUUGUAGCCGCCACACAACACGGCGGAUUCCAGCAAACUUCUUGUAUGCCUCUUUAGAGUGAAAGCCUCUCUUUUCAUUUGUCCUUGUAUACCUCUGACCAAGCUAAGUCUUUUCUCUUUUUCUCUCUCCCUCUUUAAUCCGUCCCUCUAUUUCAGGAAGAGAAAAAAAAACACAAAACCAGGUUCACGCAGUGCUUUAGUGGCUAAAAGUGAAAGAGCUUGUGUUUUUUCUUUCCUCCUUCCCUCCCUGCGCUGAGUUGAGCCUUGAAUCGCUUUGGAAAAUUGCUUCUUUUGAAUAGAGGGAAGGAGGAACAACGUUUAAUAGGAUCCAAAGGGAGUCUCUGCUCUUAAACAGGUGGAAAUUGGACGUCCUCGAAUUUAUACCAACAGUAAGUAAGUAUAUAAGCCGGCGUGGAGAAGGAGAGCUCCAAUCUCCGAGGAUUAGUGGCUUUCUCCUGAAAAAAAAAAAAAAAAAAAAAUCCCCAAAGUGAAAAAGAAAAUAGAGUGAAAGCAGCAGCAGCAGACUCUCAGAGCCACAGGUCCUCAAACGCGCCUUUAAUGAUGAAAACAUAAUUAUGAGCGUAAUAUUUUCAGCCAUGUUUCGGAUGACACAUGUAGCCUCUGUCAGUCGUGCCACCCCCUCUGUCUUAUGGCGCGCAGGUUGAUGAGGGCGUCUCCCUGUCACUCACUGGAGAGUUCGGGUGCCCGCUGAUGUCAGGAGACAGUGAUCCGCGCUGAGGAGGGGUGGCCGCUGCCAGCAUGUGACAGAGAGCAGUCGGCUGGUUUCUCCACACCCAUCUGACCAUUAAAGAGGAGAGUGAAAAGACGCGGGGCAGCUGGAGGAGAGGGUCGGACUACACCGGGUGUUGCUCACACCAAGUUCUGCUCUGUCGCAAACUAAACACAAACACCAACAACAGAAUGGCAAGUUCUGCCUCGCUGGAGACGGUGAUGUCCUGCGGGAGGACCGGGCCGUCCGCGGCUCCGAAGACCCUGGCCUUCUCCAUAGACCGGAUCAUGUCCAAGAGCUCGGAGCCGAAGGGGAGCACGGACGAGCGGUCGGAGGGGAAGAAGCUGCUGGGACUGUGCUCCCCGAUCCCCUGCAUGAUCCCGCUGCAGCCCUUCAGCUACGACCUCCAAGCCAAGGCGCUGAUGAACUACUCCGAGCUGUGGAGGGCCAGUUUGAGAGGGACUUUUUGCGGUUCCGCAGCCGCUCCGUGCAAAGGGAACUGCGGCUUGUGCGGCAAAGCUGAGCCGAGUUUGAAGCAGCCGCUGCUGACGCCGGGGAGCAGGGUGGUGAAGCCGCAGGUCAUCCACCAGGCCGUGGCCGUGCCCAGCGGCGGCUCGCUCUACUAUCUCAACUACCUGGACUCUGCGUACCAGCAGUCGGAGCUGCUGGCCGGACACUGGGUCUCCAGUCCGCAGGCCCAGGCGUCUCUGUCGGCGCACCACAGACUCUUGCUGCUGGAGAACGCCAAGCUGUCAGGGGUCGGGACCGACAAGCUGCCAACACCUCAGUACCCGCACAAGGAACAUCUGCCGGGGCAGCUGGACCAGAUAGUGAAGGAGAACCACGGCCUGAGCGCCGAGAAGAACGGCGUCAAGACUCACAGCAAGCUGAGCGGCAGCGGCGCCGCGGACGGGAAGCCCAAGAACUUCACGUGUGAAGUGUGUGGAAAGGUUUUUAACGCGCAUUACAAUCUGACCAGACACAUGCCGGUGCACACCGGGGCCCGGCCCUUUGUGUGUAAAGUGUGCGGCAAAGGCUUCCGACAGGCCAGCACUCUGUGCAGACACAAGAUCAUCCACACACAGGAAAAGCCUCAUAAAUGCAACCAGUGUGGAAAAGCGUUCAACAGAAGCUCGACGCUCAACACGCACGUCCGGAUCCACGCCGGGUACAAACCGUUCGUGUGUGAGUUCUGCGGGAAAGGUUUCCACCAGAAAGGAAACUACAAGAAUCACAAGCUGACGCACAGCGGAGAGAAGCAGUACAAGUGCUCCAUCUGCAACAAGGCCUUCCACCAGAUCUACAACCUGACCUUCCACAUGCACACGCACAACGACAAGAAGCCCUUCACCUGCACCACCUGCGGCAAGGGCUUCUGCCGCAACUUUGACCUGAAGAAACACAUCAGGAAGCUGCACGACAACGGCUUCUCUGCGGCCACAGAGGCCUCCAGACAGCUGCAGAGCUGAGCCACACACUGCUGGCUUGGGUUUUUGGACUGUGAGGCCUCAGAGAGAGCGGCUGAGGUCCUGCACUUGUGGCCGUGUUGAACAGUUUUUCAAGGUCCAGAGAAAAAGGUGGGAAGGUCCAAUAAAAUUGGACGCAAGCCCUUAACGAGAACUGUGGUAAUCUGAUGAGUUUUUAGGAUCCUGCCGAAGUGCACCAACAGUGACACUGUAAAGACCAGAGAAGAAGAGACAACACCACACACUUAACACUGGUCCCGUUCUGUAGGAACUUCAUUGUUUUUUUUUCUGUCCAGGUAGAAUUUCUUCCUGCUUCGUUUCAAGCAUCAGACAGGGAUGAAUCAUGUGUCUCCCUGCUGGGACUGUAAAUAAUAGGCUAUGGAAAUAAAAAUUGUUAUUUAAAAUGUGAACCGUCCGGGGACCGCGUUGCCAUUGUGUAUUUCACAGAAAAAAAAUGUUAUUGUGAAUGAGUUAAGUUAUAACUUAUAAUGAAACCUGAAUGUUUGAGCCAUGUUGUUUCCAUUUUUAGAAGCAUUUGAAAAUAAAACUGAAUAAUGUGAUGAAAGUUGUACUGAGUAAAGUUUAGUUUUAGCCAACGGCUGCAAAACAGUUUAUAAAACACAUGAAAAUUAAAAUAAUAAUAAGAGCAUGAAGACACCAGGAACAACAGAGCAUUAAAUACAGCCACAUGUUGAGAUUUGUUGUUUUCUUCUUUGUUUUGUUUGUUGUGCUUCGUCUUAAUUCAUUCAUUGAUUUGAUUUAUUUAAAGAUCAGAUUUAAGCCUCAGGAUGUUUUAUUUCUAAGGUGUAAGUUGAUUAGAUGAAUGAAUGCGACAACAGCUAAACUUUGCAGUUGUUUUAUUGUGAAGUUUCAUCAGAAACACACAUAUAGACACAGUCUGGCUCUAGUGUAUGCUCUGCAGCCACUUUGCUUCACCAUUUAUUGACAGACACGAUCUUAAUACUGCAGCAUUUACACUUGACUCCGGCGUAAUGAUCAGAGAUAACAUGAGCCCUUGAAAGCGAAUUACAUUAACCAGCUAAACGGCCUCGGGAGGCUUGAUUGUGGAGUGGCGGCGGGGCUGACGCAUCCGGAGCCGCUCAUCAGAACAGAAGAUAAUGGAGCACUCAGGCCGCAGCUCCUCAUCUGGGCCUCUGCGUUAAUAGAGCACAAGUUAUUCUCCGCACGGCUCCUGGAACAAUAUUAUCCCUGCACACAUUCUGUCGAGAGGCAGAUCCGUGCAUCCAAAUGGCGCUCUUUCUAUUAACAGCCAAUUAGCGCUCAGCCGGGCUGGCCGGGCCUAUAGAAGCCUGGCAGGGCUAAUAUUGCCAGAUGAAUGCCUUGCUCACCUAUUUCAUCAGGCUGCAUCAGAGACACAGGGGCAGACAAUUUGCAGGAAAAAAAAAAAAACCCCAAACUGUCAACUUUAAUAAAACUGACUGAAAGGGCUCGUGGACAUUCGGUUUGCAUAAAGAAAAUAUGUUGGUGCUGUGGCGUUUCCCGGUGAUAUCAGUAUGUGAGUGCAGCUCCAGCAACAUCCAGAUUCAACUCAAAUGUUUAAAGCUGCACCAAGGCUGCUACAUUCAACAAUAGAUAGAUGAUAAUGAACAAGGACAUCUGAAUGGAUGAUGACGUGAGAUGCGUUGG